UUCAGUUAGUAGAAAUGGCCCAAAACAGCCAAUGUCAUCUCCAUCUCCAAAGCUAAACACUUAAAACUGUUCAUCAACUGUAUGUAUAAUUAUUCCUCUAAAAAUGUCUUCAUUACAAAUCCCUUUCAGUAACUCACCACAAUUCUUAUUCCCUUCAAAACUCAAUUCUCUUCAACAGUCACCACCUCAAAUUUACAGUCACAACCCAAAGCUAAGAGCGGUGUUGUCCAUUCAAGAAAUUCCUCCAAAUGCUGUUCGCCGGAAAAAUGAUCACAGUUUGGGACUUGACUUGGGUUUGUCUCGUACUGGUCUUGCCAUUAGUAAAGGCUUCUCCUUUAAACCUCUCACUGUUUUGGAAUUGCGUGGGGACAAGCUUGAGCUUAGGAUUCUUGGAAUUGCUGAAGAUUGGGAGGUGGAUGAGUUUAUAAUUGGGCUUCCAAAUUCUCGAGAUGGAAAGGAAACCCCUCAACCCAACAAAGUUCGUAGUGUUGCUGGAAGAUUCGCUGUUCGAGCAGCUGAAAGGGGUUGGAGAGUAUAUCUGCAGGAUGAACAUGGGACAUGUACAGAUGCUACUUAUCGGAUGAUUAACAUGGGGCCUCAGCAAGGGAACUCGACAAAAGAGUAAAUGCAGCUGUGAUGAUACUAGAGAGAUAUUUCGGCGCAUCUGGGGAGGGAACUGAACUUGUAGUACCCAAGCAACUGGACCUGCAAGAUAAACUUCGUAAAGGUCCUUCCAAGGAUAUCGAUUUUUAUCCGGGGUAAUUCAAUGGUGCGUGUUUUAGUUUCGUAUUUACAGUAAGAUUCUGAAUUCUAACCAGUUCUCCAACCACAUGCUUCAUAUAUGUAAUGCAUUCUUUUUGUUAGCAACUGAAAUUUUAAUUGAUUAUAUUGAAUAGCAUAUAUAAUAUUGAAAUUUAAGUUGAUUAAA